AUGUCGGCGACGCCGUCUAUAUCUGCCCGGGAUCAGUCGCAAUUCGACCGAGGCGAUGUCGCGUUCAUCAUCCUCGCCGGCGCCUUGGUCUCGUUUAUGAUCCCCGGCCUCGCGUUCCUCUACUCCGGCCUCUCGCGGCGCAAGUCUGCUCUCUCCCUCAUCUGGGCAGUCUCGGCUGCCAACGCCGUCGUCAUCUUCCACUGGUUCUUCUGGGGCUACUCCCUCGCCUUCUCCAGCUCGGCCACGAAUGGCUUCAUUGGCAACCUCGGGAACUUCGGCCUCAUGAACGUCCUCGACGCCCCGUCUCCCGGCUCGCCCCUUAUCCCGGAGCUGCUCUACAGCUUCUACCAGAUGGAGUUCGCAUGUGUCACCGUCUGCAUCCUCAUGGGCGGUCUCGCAGAACGCGGCCGCGUCCUCCCCGCGAUGGUCUUUACCUUCAUUUGGAUGACGAUUGUCUACUGUCCGCUCGCCUGCUGGGCCUGGUCCGCUCACGGCUGGGGGCUCUCGUGGGGUGUCCUCGAUUACGCCGGCGGCGGCCCCGUCGAGAUCGGCAGCGGCGUUGCCGGCCUCGCAUACUCCUGGGUCCUCGGUCGUAGGGGCGAGAAGGAGCUCCUCAACUUCCGCCCGCACAACGUCUCCAUGGUCAACCUCGGCACCUUCAUCCUCUGGUUCGGCUGGCUCGGCUUCAACGCCGGAAGCGCCUUCGGCGCGAACCUGCGCGCCGUCGUCGCCGCGUGGAACUCCAUGCUCGCGGCCGCGUGCGGCGGCCUCGUCUGGUGCCUGCUCGACUUCCGCUACGAGCGCAAGUGGAGCAUGGUCGGCUUCUGCUCCGGAACCAUCGCGGGGCUCGUCGCCGCCACGCCCGCGUCGGGCUUCAUCCCCACCUGGGCCGCCGUGAUCAUGGGCAUCGUCACCGGCGCGGUGUGCAACUAUGCGACGAAGGUUAAAUUUCUCGUCCGCAUCGACGACGCGCUGGACUUGUUCGCGGAGCACGCGGUCGGCGGGAUCAUCGGGCUGCUCUUCAACGCGCUCUUCGCGCGGAGCGACAUCAUCGCGCUCGACGGCGUGAACACCGCCGUGCCGGGCGGGUGGCUCGACCACAACUACAAGCAGCUGUACAUCCAGUUCGCGUACGUCUGCGCGACGUGCUCGUACACGUUCGUCGUCACCGCGCUCAUCACCAAGUGCGUCAACUCAAUCCCGGGCCUGCACCUCCGCGCGAGCGAGGAGGCGGAGGCGCUCGGGAUGGACGAGGACCAGAUCGGCGAGUUCGCAACGGACUAUAUCGAAGUGCGCCGCGACUACACCGACUGGACCGCACGCCCCGACCUCGCGAUCUCGUCCGAAAAGAUCCCCCCAGGCGCCGCGGACGUCGGCGCGCACGCGCACCCCGUCGUUGGGGGCGACCGCCAUGGCGUCCCCGACGCGCAACUCUACGCUCACGGCAGUGGCAACAACAACGGCAACGGCGCCGUCGACGACCACGACGCGGAGUCAGGUUCCUCGUCUGAAAAAAAAAAGUGCGCUAGGGCAUCCUGCUAG